AAUCGGCGCUCCCCGCGGUGGCCCCGCCGGUGGUUUCCGUGGUGGUUUUGGCGGUUACCCUCGCGCUGCGACCUGCUACAAGUGUGGUGGCCCCAACCACUUUGCCCGGGAUUGCCAAGCUCAGGCCAUGAAGUGCUAUGCUUGCGGCAAGCUUGGCCACAUCUCCCGUGACUGCACCGCUCCCAACGGUGGUCCCCUCAGCUCCGCCGGCAAGGUCUGCUACAAGUGCGCCCAGGCUGGCCACAUCUCUCGGGACUGCCCCAACAACGAGGCCGCUCCCCAGCAACCCACCGAGGCUGGUGCCGCCCCCGCCGUUCCUGUUGCUGCCGUUGCCGUCGAGGCGACUACCGAAGUCCCCGUUGCUGCCGCGGCUCCCACUCCCACUGUCGCAUAAAAAAAGCACGUUAUGAUUAUCCGAUCAACCGGUCCCCUCUUCACGGGAGCCUGUUUCCCUUCUACCUAAUCUCCUGCCAUCUUGCUUUGGAUUGAAGGUCCCCGAUCCCGGUUUUGAUCUUCUUCUCUCAUGUUUCUUCCUUUGC